AGUAGCAACUAAUAGGAUGAGUUAAAAAUAGGAGUCAAUUGACUCCUAUUUUGAUCUACUAUUUCAGACCUAUUUGGAUCUAUCUAAUAGGAUGAGUUGUAUGCUCCAUUCAAAUCUUGUCUUUAGUGUAAGCUCACUAGGGCAUGGAUCCAGCCAGUCUGUUGCACUAAUGGAAGUGCUUUCCUCCAGCAGGAGGGUUCAGGAGUCUCCAGUCUGCAAUAUAAGGAUUAAAAAAUGCUCAGGUGAGCAGGGCCUCCAGAGACUUCUGCUGCCAUGGACUGGAAGACCUUACAGGGCCUGCUGAGCGGGGUGAACAAGUACUCCACAGCAUUCGGCCGCAUCUGGCUUUCUGUCGUGUUUGUAUUUCGGGUCCUGGUUUUCGUAGUGGCUGCCGAGCGAGUUUGGGGAGAUGAGCAGAAGGACUUUGACUGCAACCACCGGCAACCUGGUUGCACCAACGUUUGCUAUGACCACUUCUUCCCCAUCUCCCACAUCCGCCUGUGGGCUCUGCAGCUCAUAUUUGUCACCUGCCCCUCACUGCUUGUCAUCAUGCACGUGGCCUACCGUGAGGACCGGGAGAGGAAGAACAGGGAGAAGAAUGGAGAAAACUGUCCCAAGCUUUAUAGCAACACAGGCAAGAAGCACGGUGGCCUUUGGUGGACUUACCUCUUCACCCUUUUCUUCAAGUUAGCCAUUGAAAUCAUCUUCCUCUAUAUUCUUCAUAGGAUAUGGGACAGUUUUGACCUGCCACGUCUGGUCAAAUGUGAAAACUUGCCCCCAUGCCCAAACACUGUGGACUGCUAUAUUGCACGGCCAACAGAGAAGAGGGUGUUCACCUACUUCAUGGUGGGUGCUUCUGCCAUCUGCAUUGUCCUCACCGUGUGUGAGAUCUUCUACCUCAUCUUCAAGCGGGUUGUCCGGUCAGCACAGAAGUGGAAGACGAACAAGAAGUCUCUCUCUUACAGCAAGGCAUCCACCUGCCAGUGCCAUUUGCGAUUGGAGCAACCGCUGGAUGGAAAAGCCAACCUUCUCCAAGAGAACCAGCUCCUUGAUGUCCAAAGCUCAAAGCCACAUAAAUCAACUGGACAAGUCUGUGGAUCUGCUACCAAACUUUCAUCUGAAGGGAAUUCAAAGAAAAGCAGUGUCUGAGACAUUUUGACAGAAGCCAAAAGAGAUGCCAUGAGCCAAAUGUAUUGUGACAAGGAAGGGGCUGGCUCAUCACUACAUAAUCUAUGCUUGCGUUCACAUGAGCGUAAUCAGCAUUAGAUGCCUCUGCAAAGACUACUCUAGAGCAAGUGCCUUAUUCCUGAACUGUCUACACACUGUUUUUAUACAAGACCAUGUUUCACCAAAGGAAGCCUUAUGAGUUAAGCCUUUGCUAUGCUUUCUUGGGAGAAAGUAAAUUCUCCUUCCUGUGACAGAACAGGAGCAUCCUGGGAAGGAACGAAGAGGAGCUUACCUGGUAGCAGUUAAGCUUGCCUCUGGAAAUAGGGCCUAAGGUAAAAUUUGAAACAAAUUUGGGAUGUUCCACCUCAAGGGAGAUAGGGUUGCCAACUGCUCAGAGAAAUAAUGUCCUGUCUUUUUAAUGCAUGUUCAGUUUGAUGUUA